GCCGGCAGGACCCUGACCCCAAGAUGGCGGCGCCCUGCGAAGUGGCCGCGGCUGUCUCCGGCGAAAGUGAUGGCGGGGGCGGGGGAUUUGGAUCCUGGCUGGAGGGACGGUUGGAGGCACUGGGAGUGGACCAAACCGUUUACGGUUCCUACAUCCUUGGUGUCCUGCAGGAGGAGGAGGAAGAAGAGAAGUUGGACGCUCUGCAGGGUAUCCUAUCUGCUUUUCUGGAAGAAGAUUCCCUUCUUAAUAUCUGCAAGGAGAUUGUGGAACGAUGGUCUGAAACUCAGAAUGUUGUCACCAAAGUAAAAAAAGAAGAUGAGGUACAGGCCAUUGCCACGCUCAUUGAGAAGCAGGCACAGAUUGUGGUGAAGCCCAGGAUGGUGUCAGAAGAGGAAAAACAGAGAAAAGCUGCCCUGCUGGCCCAGUAUGCUGAUGUAACAGAUGAAGAGGAUGAAGCAGAUGAGAAGGAUGAUUCAGGUGCCACUACGAUGAACAUUGGUUCUGAUAAAUCUCUGUUUCGAAACACCAACGUAGAAGAUGUUCUCAAUGCUCGGAAAUUGGAGAGAGACUCACUUCGGGAUGAGUCCCAAAGGAAGAAGGAACAGGACAAGCUACAGAGGGAGAGAGACAAACUAGCCAAGCAGGAGCGCAAGGAAAAGGAAAAGAAAAGGACACAGAGAGGGGAGCGAAAGCGAUAACCCUGGCCUGUUCAAUUCUUCCUCUGCUUCCAGAACUUGAUGAAAGGGAAAACUGGUUGUGCAUAUGUGUAUUUAAGAGAAACGAGAGAACAUUGCAUAGUGAUUUCCCAAGGCAUUUCCCCUUUCGUUUACAUGGUAAAAAGGAAAAUCACAAUCACUUCUAAUUACAAAAUGUUUUGGUGAUAUGGGUGAUCAGAUUAUUAUAGUCGAUGUCUGUACCAAAGAGCUGCAAUUGGGGCAAUCUUUAUAUUUUAAUACUGAAGUCCUGUGCUCCUUUUGGCUCCUGUUUUUAUAAAAUGUCUUCCCUCAUCUUGGAUAAAUAGCAGGACUCAGAAAGCUGUUAACAGCUUUCAUCUGGGAGAAGAAACAUGACCAUUCUUCUGAGAUGAAAAGUGCAAGUACAGAUUGCUUCAGAGGCAAUAUUUACUCCUAAAUGUACAGUUUUAUGGCUGAUAUAUAAAACUAAUAAGGAAGCCAGGUGGGGUGAUGCACACCUGUAAUCCCAGCUCUUGGGGAGACUGAGGCAGGAAGAUCACAAGUUUGAGACCAGUUUGGGCAACUUAGCAAGACCAGUCUCAAAAAAAAAAAAAAAAAAAAAAAAAAAAAAAGCCUAGGGACUUACCUCUGUGGUAGAACACACUGGGUUCAAUACCCAGUGCUGCCAAAAAAAAAAAAAAAAAAAAACCAAAAAGCAAAAAACCUAAUGAGAAACCCUACCUGGAUCCAGAUUUUAUAUCACAUGACAGCAAACUAGGAAAGUGGGAAGAAAUUAUUUGGAAUGUAUUAAAGAUCUGAGAUCUUUUUUAAAGAAAGUUUCAACCAAUGGGAGAAAAAAGUAUCUUUUUAAGUAAAGAUAGUUACAUAUUUUUCCUCAUUUAGGCUGUGACAUUAAGAAGGAUGUAUCAAUAUUGACUGCAACAAAUCAUUGUUAAGCUAGAUUCAUUUUUUUUUUAGUAAUCAUGAAUUCUCUUGAGUGUCAGUAGAAAUUUUAAUCCUGAUUUUCCCUAAAACCUGAGUAUUAAGACCUGGUAAUUCCUGAUUUAGAGAAACUGGAGGAAUUGCCCUUUUAAAGAAAAGAAACACUGGAAAUCUUGCUAACACAAAAAAUAUUUAAGAGUGUACAUAUAAGUGCUUAACAAAUGUAUUGAAUGAGUGAAUGAAUGGGAAAACUGCCUGGGAGAGUCAAAGGUGAGCAGGAAGUCUCCAUUUCUACCUUUUUCAUAAGCCACAUUCAGUUAUAAACAAGGCUCUUCUCUACUUGACUUCAGGCAAUAGUAGACUGUCCAGAAGGCGAAAGAAAGCAUUUUCUCUGAUAAGAAAAAGUAGAUAUUUUAUACCAUGAGUCAGCAAACUACCAACUGCAGGGCAAAUUUGGCCAUCUUUUUUUGUAUGGUACAAACUAAAAAUGGUUUUUACAUUUUUGAGAGGUUAUAAGAUAAAGAACACAUGUUAAAGACCAUAUUGUGGCCUGUAAAACCUGAAAUAUUUACUAUCUAGCCCUUUGGAGAAAGUUUGCUGACCUUUAUUUUGUAUCAUUAACUAUGAGAUUAACAAAAACUUUUAUCUUUGUGCAGAAGGUUGAAAAUAAAAAAGCAUGGUUAAAGGAAAGGAAAUGUUACUUCUUCAUAAAGUCCUAUAACCAUGGCAUUGCAAAAAUAACCACAUUUUUAAAAAAUAAACUUUAUUUAAGUCAC